UUCCUGUAGUCACGAGACCAUAGAAUAUUCCAAGAGGUCAUCAGGGCUAUUUUUCCCCAGGCUACUCUCAUUUUCAUUCAUUUUGAUUUCUUACUUUUUUAUUGUUUGUUGUUAAGUUCUUGCUCUAUCUUUAUUUACAGUCUUCUGACUUUAACUUUUCAUUUUAGUUCUUGCACAAUUUUACUUUUUUUCUCAAAAUGGCAACCAAACCAUCUUCAUCUUCUUCUCCUGUCCUCCUCAAACUGGAGGAAUGGCUCACCUGUCCUGUGUGUCUUGAACACUUUACCAACCCUAAGAUCCUACCCUGCCAUCAUUCAUUCUGUCAGCACUGUCUGGAGGGAUUACCUCUGGAUUGGAGGAAUGAUCUCUUUUGUCCCACUUGUCGUCAUCGUACAGAAUUACCAGAAGAAGGGGCAGGAGCCUUUCCUGUAGCAUUCCACCUCAACAACCUCAAAGAGAUGCAAAGUUUAAUGAAGAAGACAUCAGUUUUGCCUAAUCUUCAAGAGGCCACAUGUAGUGAUCAUGGAAAGCCUUUGGAGUUCUUUUGUGAAACAUGUGAUACAGUGAUCUGUUCUCACUGCUUAGUUCAUAAUCACAAACAUCAUGAAUAUGACUUAAUCACUGACAGUUAUACUAAACACUGUCAAAAGUUAAGAGAAUGUCUAUUACCAGUUGAGGGAAAGAAGGAAGCACUCAAAAAUGUCCUUCAAGGAUUAGUGUAUGUUACUGACUAUGGUAAUCAUCGCAUACAGAAGUUCUCUUCAGAUGGAAAGUUUAUGAGUCAGUUUGGUACUUAUGGAUCUUAUCCUGGACAAACUGUAGCCUUCACUAGUGAUGGUGUGUUUGUGAAUAGUUUUGGAAGUAAAGGCAAUAACAUAGAGCAGUUUAUUUGUCCUAGUGGAUUAGCAUUUGAUAAAGAUGGCUUCUUGCAUGUUUGCGAUUUUAAUAAUGACCGACUUGCUGUUUAUUAG